AUGCCUCGAAAUAGGUCUGGCUGGGUGUCGCGUCUCCUGGGAUGGGAUCGUCACCCCGCCCACGGAAGCGACGAGCACUCAGACUGGCACGAAGACCGCCGACGCCUCCUCCCUCGGUAUUCUGAUGAGCAGGCCGAGGCCGCCAUAUCGGCCCCCGAUGUCACCAAAGUCGCUCUGAAGCUGCGUCACUUGAUCGAGGCCGCCAUUCCCUGCGAGCUCGACGAGGCCGACAUCACCAAGGCCCACAGCGGUAUCAUCACCACCAAAGUGAUCAAGGCCGCCAAAGAGGCCGGUGGUACUGAACACAGGUCAUGCGUCGUCUUUGGUCUCCUGGUCUGCCAUGGCCAACGCAUCAUGCAGAGUCCUGACAUGGAUGUCUUUGACGAGUUCUCGCCGCCCUUUGGAACCAUUCUCUACUACUUCUUCACAUUUAUCGUCAUGGUCAUCCUGCUCAACAUUCUCAUCGCCCUGUACAACUCGGCGUACGAGGACAUUUAUCAGAACGCCAACGAUGAGUUCCUUGCCUUGUUUGCGCAGAAGACGAUGCAGUUUGUGCGCGCACCCGACGAGAACGUGUACAUUCCGCCCUUCAACCUCGUCGAGAUGGUCGUCAUUGCAUUGGUAGGCUGGUGGAUGCCCAAGGAGCGCUUUGAGCACCUCAACGACAUAGUCAUGGCCGUCUUCUACUCCCCGGUCCUUCUGAUCGCGGCCUACGCCGAAACGCGCACGGCCAAGGAGAUCCAGCGCAACCGCUCCAACGGCGAGGAGGACGACGACGUGGUGGAGGAGUGGGAGCAAAUGGCGGGCGAGCUGGACUUUGAGGCCGACGGCUGGGACAAGAUUUGCGACAGUGCCAAGUCGAACGUGGAGGUGGAGCCCGCCGUGCAGGAGGUGAGGAAGCUGAAGGAGGAGAUUGACGAGCUGAAGAAGCUCAUUCUCGAGAUCUCGAAGGCUGUGGGCGCCGGCAAGGGCAGCACGGCGACCGACCUCGUCUCUUUCGAUGGCGAGGGCGCAAAGGAGGAUGGCGCGCAGAAGGCCAAGGACGGUGCCGCGGCCGGCAGCUCAAGCGAAGUCGAGUGA